AUGGCAACAACCACUGAAACUAUCGAAGUACCAUCUUACGUUUCCGAUGAAGAAAAUAUAGAUGACAGUGUUUAUGCUGAACAUAAGAAGAGAGCAGCAAAGAAAUCACGAAUAUGGAUCAAAGAAAAAACAUUUAAUAAUGCUGGUGAAGCUGAACAUGCAAUUACUGAAGAAGGUGGUUGGAGUGAAUUUUACACCAAUACAACAGAUGAAGGUAAAAAGACAAUUUUCAGAUGCAACAAAGUUAAACUUCGUGGAAAACAAUGUGACGCCGGUAUUUAUCUUUUAUUUAAUUCUGCCAACGAAGAGGUUAUUCUAUUCCGCGAUAAGUCAGAUCAUACACAUGAUCUAAUACAACAAAAUUCUACAAAAAUUCCAAAUGACAUAAAGAUGGUUAUUAAAGAAUUUUACGAUUUAAAAUUGAAACCGAAAGCUAUCAUUGAAGCAUUGUAUGAACGAGGAAUUACAGCACCAAGUAUUAGACAAUUGAACAAUUUCUUAAGAACAUUAAAAACUGAAAGAUUUGGUUCAACAAAAAUAAGUCUUGGAGAAAUUGAAGAUUGGUGCAUACAGUCAAGUAAAACAAUUCCGGAUUCGGAUGAUACAGGCUUUGUGGUUUCAUAUGAAAUUAUUUAUGAUGAUGAUAACAAUAAUAGUGUGGAAGAUGGUGAUCAUGAUGAUGAUAAUGGAAAUAAAUUUCGAUUUUUUGUUUCAACAAAAAGACUCUUACGUAUUGCUUCAAUGUCAAAGAAAAUCCAUGCAGAUGCCACUUAUAAACUUAAUUGGCAGGGCUUUCCUGUGCUUGUCGUUGGUACGACAGAUCUAGAUCGACAUUUUCAUAGUUUUGGAGUUGCUGUUUGCUCGAACGAAAAAACUCAAGACUUCACAUUUAUUUUUCAAGCUCUUCAAGAUGGUGUAAAAAAACUUGAUUUACCUGAAAUUGAUCCAGAUGUUCUCAUCGCUGAUGGUUCAGAUGCAAUUCGCAAUGGAUUUGAAGCAGUAUUUGGUGAAAAAUAUACGGUAAUGUGCUGGGCUCAUAUGCGACGAAAGGUGGUAAAGAAAAUAGAAGCUAUGGUAGAGGAGAUAGAUCGAGAUGAUCUAAUAGAAGAUGUUGAAGCAUUACAGUUAGCACAAGGUGAACGGAUAUUUACAAAAGCCUCCAUUCUAUUUAUUAAAAAAUGGAAGAAGAAACAACCUACGUUUGUAGAAUAUUUUGAAAAUGAAUGGCUUGCUUCACACAAUGGUUGGUAUGAAGGUGUUCAACAUUUAACUCCAAGUACGAACAAUGCUUUAGAAGCAACUAACAGAGUUAUCAAGGAUGAAAAUACGUUUCGAGAACGUCUUCCAUUAUCCAGAUUCAAAGUUUUAACAUUUGAAAUUGUUGAAAAAUGGUCAAAGUUGUACGAACGAAACCUCAAACAAUUUUAUGAUAAACCAACUGUUACAUUAGAUAUAUGGACUAAAAGUUAUCAAUGGGCAAAAUUAAACAAAUCAAUUUUAUCAAACAAACUAGAUGAUGCUAUGGAAUAUUACGUACCAGCUGGAGAAGAAGUGAGUAUCUCAAUAAAUGCAAUUGAUAUAGUGAAGAAAAUGAAAUGGUAUUCUUUCGAUCAAUACAAAACUAAAGCCUUUAGCAUCUGGCGUGUUGUUUUGCCAAUGGAUGGUACAAAAUGGUUAGAUAGUCAAUGCAACUGUCCAGCAUUUUUUAAAAAAUUUAUGUGUAAACAUAUCGUUGGGCUGGCAAUUAGAUUGAAUUAUUGCAAACCACCACCUGCUGCAAAAAGUGUUAAAUUUGGAGAAAAAAGACGUCGAGGUCGACCAUCGAAAGCUAAAAAAGCUUUGCUUAUUCAAUAG